AGUUAAAUAAUUAUAUUUUAAUUAGUUUAUCAAGGUUAUGUAAUAAAAAUGUACCUUUUAUUGAAAAUAUUUUAUUCUAUAUGUUCAGGUUAAUGGGUGGAUCUACAAUCGCUCGGAUGAUUACAAAUACCUUUAAGCAACGGAUCGACACUGAGGGUGUCAACUGGAAGGCUAUAUCAGAAGAGACAAAAGAAUUUUACUGGGAAGAAUUUAAGAAAAAAUGUUGUUGGGAGUCCUUCGAAGAAGCAGGGAUAAAGGCUGCAUGGAGAUCAAAGGCAGCUGUAUGCUACAAGGACAUGAUUGCAGAUUUAAAGAAUAUCAGGAAAAGGCCCUUAUAUAUUUCUGAAGAAACUUGGGCAAAAUUUGAGCAGCACUGGAAUGACCCCAAGAUCAUUCAACGGUCAGAGAUAUAUUCUAGAAACCGCCGUGGUGCUGCAAAUGCUCAUAGACCGUCCACCCACACAGGUGGAUCCAUAACAUAUGCUGAAUGGUCUAAUAAAUUGGUUAGUAUUUUCACAUAAGGAAAAAAAAUUAUGGAUGGUUAUUGAUGGAAAUAUGAUGUAAUGUGAUAAAAUUGUCAUGAAAAAUAUUACAGAUUGUUGUGCGAUUGAAUUGUGAGAUUUUUGUUAA